AACUACUGGAAAAGCAAAGCUGAACUUUGUGCUGUGUGGAAAUGAUUCAACCCACAAGAGCUCAGUGUCUAGAAUGUUUAGAGGGGCGAUGAUUAAACCAAUGAAUAAACUUUUACCUCAGGAAGAGAUGAGUAAAGUGUGUCAGAAGAGAGAGGGAACGAUUCAUGGACGACAGAUCAGUGUACUAGAGCUUCCAGCCCUCACUCGACUCUCAGAGGAGGAAAUGAUGCAGGAGACUUACCGCUGUCUGUUUCUCUGUGAUCCUGGAGUUCAUCAUUUCAUCCUUGUUACUCCUGUCAGUCCACUUACUAAUGAAGACAAAGCAGAAAUGGAGAAGAUUAAAAGAAUAUUUAAUUCUAAUGAGCACUUCAUGGUGCUUUUCAUUACUGAACUCACUGUUAACCAAAGUGUGAUAGAUUUUGUAGAAUCCACAGAAUCUCAGGGUGUUGUGAGUCUCUAUGGGAGUUGGUACGAUGUGAUAGGCUUAAAGGACCAGAGAAACUCCAGACAGAUUUCAGACCUGUUUGAUUACAUAGAGAGCAUGAAGACUGAACCCUAUUCUCUUCAGACAUAUAUAAGAGCUCCAGAGAGGAGAGUCAGACGCGAACUAGAGGAGAAACUGAGAGUGAGAGACAAUGAAAUCAAAGAAUUACAGAAGAAGAUCAAGACAUUGGUUCCAGAGGGUGCAAAUCUGAAUCUGGUUGUGUGUGGGAGUAACAGAGAAUUAAAAACCUUCAUAUCAAACCUGAUCCUGAAUCAGAGCGAGAGAAGAUCAGAGCUCAGCUCAGAGUGUGUGAGGAGAGACGUGGAGCUUCAUGGACGUCUGAUCAGUCUGGUGGAGCUUCCAGCUCUGUUCAACACUCAGCUCUCAGAGGAGGAAGUGAUGCGUCAGACUCACCGCUGUGUGUCUCUCUGUCAUCCUGGAGUUCAUGUUUUCAUCAUCAUCAUUCCUGAUGCUCCAAUUAAUAAUGAAGACAAAGCAGAAAUGGAGAAAUUAAAGAGAAUAUUUAGCACAAGAAUCAACAAACACUCAUGAUCCUCAUAAAGCAGAAUUCAGAGCAUCAGACAGAAAAACUGAAUGAAGAAACACAGUCUGUCAUUGAGAAAAAUCAGUAAAGAUAAUUCAAGAUACGUUUGGUGAAAACUCAUUAAAGUAUAUCAUAGUGCUCUUCACCAGAGGAGACUUUCUGAAGAACAAAAUCAUUGAACAGUAUCUAGGAGAACCUGGAUCUACCCUUAAAAACCUGACUGAAGCAUGUGGAAACAGAUUUCUUGUGUUCAAUAAUGAGACUGGAGACCGAACACAGGUGACUGAUCUACUGCAGAAGAUAGACAACAUGGUGAAAGUAAACGGAGGGAGUUACUACUUAUGUAAGAUGUUCAGAGAGAUGGAAAGAGAAAUGCAAGAACUACAGAAGAACAUACUGAUGGAAAAAGUGAAACAACUGAACAGAGAAAAAGAAGAACUGAUGAACAAACAUGAAGAAGAAAAAAAUAGGUUGAUAAUGAAAAUGGAGGAAGAUCAUGACAAAGAGAGAAGGAGAAGAGAAGAAAAAUAUAAAAGAGACAUUGAAGAAAGAGAGGAACAAGAGAGAGAGAUACGAGAGGAAUGGGAGAAACAGAAACAACAGGAAAGACAAAGAAGAGAAGAAGCGGAGGAGAAAUGGAGAAAGAAAGAAUGGGAAAUGUGGGGUGAAUAUAAUCAGAGACUUAAACAAGAGAUAGACAGAAUGAAGAUGAUGAUGGAGGUAGAAAGACAGAAUCAUGAUAAAGACAGAAAGAGAAGAGAAGAAGAGCAUGAAAGAAAGAGAAAGAAAGAACAUGAAACAUGGGAUGAAUAUUACCAGAGACUUGAAGAAGAGAUAGACAGAAUGAACAUGAUGAUGGAGGAAGAAAGAGAGAAUCAUGAUAAAGAGAGAAAAAGAAGAGGGAUUUAGGGACAGAGAACAGUAUAAAAAGAUACAUUAAAGACACAGAGGAACAAGAGCAAAAGAUGGAUGAAGAGCUGAAGAAAGAACUUGGGGAAUAGGAGAAACGGAAACAACAGGAAAGACAUAAAAUAGGAGAAGAAAUGGAGAAAGAAAGAAAAGUACAGGCAAUAUGGGAUGACUAAAAUCAGAGACUUAAAUGCAAGAUAAAGAAAAUCUUUAGUUCAAACAUGAAGACAAGAGAGUCCAUGAAACCGAAAUUAAGUAGCUUUUUUAUGUACUUUCCUUAUUUUUUAAAUGUACUGUACUAAGUGCAUAUAAAAUUAUUAAAAUUAUUUUGGAAGAAUUUUACGCAUGUUAAGUGUUCCUCCACCACCUUUCACAGGCUUCUUUACGAACUUUGGGUUCAGUCUUUCCCCAGUUUGAUGCCAAACGUCCUACUGUGAGAUUCACAAUGAGCAGGAAACAGGAAAGUGUCCUCUAAGUUAAAGGUGACCGUGAUAUUGCCUGAUUUUUACUGUUUAUA